AGAGAUGUCACUGCCAAAUAUCUGUCAGUAAAGUCACUAGAUAGAUAAAGUACCGCAAUCCGUGGUUCCGACGUUGGAAUAAACAUGGCGUCGGAAGUGUACAUAGUGCAAACGUGUAACUUAUCUACCCAUUAAGUGUAAUUCUAACCUCUGUUGCGUUGAUGUCACAUGAAACCAUAACGUUCAGCCAGGUGCAGCGUGCAUUGGAAAGAGCACAUCGUGAGAAAAAUGACAGGUUGCUGCGUCACCGGAUGCAAUAAUCGUACUGAAAAAGGCUUUAGAGUAUUUUGUACACCAACAGGCGAAAGAAAUAAAGCACGACGUGACGAAUGGAUACGACUAAUUGGACGAGACACAUUGCCUAAAAAGGCUUAUGUUUGUGAGGUGCAUUUUGAUAGCGAACAGUUCGAAAGCCAACGAAUAGAUGGAAGGAAAUUGCUUCGCCAAAAUGCAAAACCAAACCUUUUGGAAAAACACACACUAGAGAAUGCCGAGCAGCUAGAUUUACCAGAAGCUACAAAACCAGAAAAUGCCGAGCAGCUAGAUUUACCAGAAGCUACAAAACCAGAAAAUGCCGAGCAGCUCGAUCUGCCAGAAGCUACAAUACAUUCGAAUGAAGUGGAAAAUAUAGAAUCUUAUAAAGAUGUGGAGAUAACGGCAUAUACCACAGCAAGCAACGUGAAAGAAUCACAGCAUUGCACAAACACGGCAAGAAUCACUGCAUCAAACUGUAAAACAUAUGAUGAAAAAUAUGUUACUAAGUUGAGGAAAACGUUGAAGAAGAUGGUGCAGCGAAACAAAAUUAUGAAAAGAAAAUUGCGAGAAAAAGAUGCGAGGUUAAAAAAGAUCUUCAAUGACGACCAAUAUUGGUUUCUCGCACAUAAUACGCAGAGAGGAGUAGGAUCAUGGUCUUCGAACACAAUAAACAAGGCAUUAAAACUCUAUAUGGCCGGCGGACAAAAAGCAUAUGACGAGAUAC